AUGUCAUUCCGUGACAUACAUGUGUCGAGAGCUUCUCGGAAGCCCAGAUCUUUCGUUGUAGCGGAACCUGCUCCAAUUCUUGGAGACGAACCCAACGUGCAAGAAGCUCUUCAACCACAAUCGCAAACUCAAGCAGGAAAUACUUGCAAUGAAAACACCACAAAGGAAGCCCAAUCAACUUACGUUUGCGAUGAAGAAGAUCCUACUCUAGUGACGGUCCCUUCCGGAUUGUAUGCGCAGCUGCCUCCCAUUCUAUCGGUCAAGCGGUCGAAAGAAAGGGGUCGUGGGAUGUGGACGAGUGGUAUGGUACCAGCCGGAACUGUCCUCUGUUCCGUGAAGCCGCACGUCCAUGCACUCUCGCGAUCGCAGUUGCAUCUUUACUGCACUUCAUGCUGCGCACCUCAGCCGUCGGUGGGACUGAAGAAAUGUACAAAGUGCAAGGCGAUACACUACUGCGGGACAACAUGCCAAAAUGCGGACUGGCAAUUCCACAAACUCGAAUGCGAAGCCCUGCAGAGAUGGUCCGUCUCUGCUCCACCAGAAUCGGAUGAUGCAAAAUAUGCUGUUCCUCCAGAGGCUGUUAGAUGCCUUGCACGAACUAUUUGGCGAAGAAAGAAGUUGGGGAGUGGGAGCAUCUGGUGGAGAGAGAUAAAUGAAAUGCAAUCUAAACGAGAGGGAGUUGCACAAUCCAUGAUCGAUGCACACGUACACCUCGCACAUGCCACUGUUCGAUACAUGGGUAUUUCUGGUCAAGAAGAGCUCAAAGCACACGGUGUGCACAGUAUCAGUGAGCUUGUGGAUUUGAUUUCCAAGUUUACACUGAAUUCGUAUACACUUACGACGCCCUCGCUCAGCCCCAUUGGUGUUUCCGUGUCACCACUCGCAGGCUUGCUGAACCAUAGCUGCGACCCGAAUGUUUCUGUCGUAUUUCCACGUAUAUUGUCUGCAGACAAAGAACCGGCGUUGCAUAUAGUAGCCAUCCAGGAUAUCCCUGCCGAUUCUGAGCUGCUUACCAGCUACGUCGACGUUACGCUCCCGGUCCUGCAACGCCAAAAAGAUUUGAAGGAGACGUAUAGCUUCAAUUGUUCGUGCCAUUCAUGUUCCCCGCCUCCGGGACAGAUAGUCGUGGAUUGGAGAGAACGCAUGUGGUGCCCGAACUUUUGCGGAGGAUCAUGCUUUAUUCCUGCUGGAGAUGAUAUAAUACGUUGUACAAAGUGCCAUACUUCUUCAUCAGAUACGGGAGAUAUUCGUGACUUGUUAUUCGCUGGGGAACAAGCUCUUGAAAAGGCGACCAGUCUUCAGGCCUCAGACCCAGUAGCAGCGUUGCGUCUGAUUCAAAAUAUGGUUCCAAUACUAGGAAAACGUCUUCCACCCUCUACACACCCACUUCUCGCGCUCAUUCGACUAGGGCAAAGUCUACUUAUCGCUCAGUUCGCAACUGAAACGACUCCGUCGACACUUGAUACGGCGAUACAGUAUGCUAUGGCAUAUGUCAAAGGGCUGUCUUCUGUCCUGCGACCAGGACAUCCGGUACGUGCGGUUGCGAUCGCAGAACUUGGGAAACUCCUUGCUGUAGACGAGCCUACUUCGUCGUCGGAUCUCCCAUCCAUCGAAUCAGUCCCGCAAGCGGGUAAUAACGCGCCAUCUCAGGCCGCGACGAGUGAGUUUGAUCUGCAGGUGCCGAAAGGCCCCGUCCGGCUCCAGCGGGCCGUCGAGGUACUCCAGCAAGCGUAUAAGGAGAUCUGCAUCGCAUUUGGCCGCGGAAAUGAAGGUGGGGAAGCCGGGAAGUCUGUACGCGAGAUGCUGGUGAGUUUGGAGAAGGAAUUGGGUGUAUGGAGAUCUGGUAUUCGGGACACGUUGGAGGAUGCACUUACAGAGAAGAAAGGACAUACAGCACCGGCCCGCUGACCGCUCUCACAGAGACUACGUUAUGUUGUAUGGCUGACACAUGUAAAAGAC